AUGGCGUCGCCGCAGCUUGUCAUAGCGAAGGCGUCCUUCUCGGCCGUUCUCCUGCGGCCAGACCCCACGAGUUGCUCGCGAGACGAGAUCGAGCACUUCCAUACGCUUCUCAAUACGGCCAUCACGAGGUGUUCGCCAGCCAAUGUUCAGAAAUGCAAGCAAUGGAUUCUAAGCAACCUAGCAACUUCGACAGGCCGCAUGGCUGCCCUGGGGAAAUACCUUGUCGCCUUGGUCGACUCGCUCAGCACGUCAACGCCAAUAGCAUCCGAUGCCAGUACGGUGGCGAAGAAGCCGUCAAUCAAGCGGCAGCGGUUACACGUCCUUUAUAUCAUCAACGACGUGCUACACCACACGCGGAAACGACAGCAUGACGAUACGUUCGUCUGUGUCAUCGAACCUAGCUUGUCCGCCCUGUUCAAAAGCGCUGCUUCCUUUCCCAAUGCGCCCAAACAUAUCAAGAAACUAAAUGAGCUUGUCAACCUUUGGAAUAAUCAGAACUACUUCCGAGAUCCUGAGCUCUCGAACCAGCUGCGCGAUGCAAUUGCAAGCGGACAGGAGGCGGCCCCGGAAACAUCUUGCGAUGCACCGAACACUGACACUGGCCGCGACUCGACCAAGAAGAUCUCCAAGGAGGCACCUUUCAUCAUGCCAGCAACACACGGCGACCCCUCUACGGCCUGGUACGAUCUCCCUGCUGGAAAUUGGCUCCCAGUGUUGGAGCCCAAUUCGACCCGUCCGAUGAAUCCUGCCCUGAUCAAGCCUUUACAGUUGGCUUCCGGGCCUGCCGACAAGGGCUUGGUCGACGCCGUUAGCCGCCUGCUGGCUCGUGUGGAUCGCAUCUAUGGCAAGGACGUGCGCCUCGCAGAUGACAACACCCCAGGAGAGUACCCGCCCGUGGACAUAGAUCAGAUGGGCGAGCGCGUGGAACUGGAUGAGAUCACGGGUGAAGUGCUGGACGGCGAAACCUAUUAUGGCUGGUCACGUGCUUUUUGCAAGAAGAUGAAGGCUCGGAGGCAAGGUCGGAAAUCACACAAUCCCAGCUCAAGGAGCAGGUCACAAUCUUCCCGCAAUUCCAGAAGUCUGAGUCGCGGUAGAGACCGGAGCAGGAGCCGAAGCAGUCGUUCAAGAAGCACUUCCACGCAGAAUUUCAAGCGCCGUCGUGUCAGUCAGUCUCGCAGCCGAAGCCACUCCAAAGGUGGGCAUAGUAAUCACAAUCGUGGUUAUUCCUCAGAGAGGUCCCGCCGCCGAUCGCGUAGCUAUUCGCCAUCACGAUCAAGGAGCAGAGACCCUCGCCAAAGAUCUCACGACGGUCCUCGUAGAUCGCCUUCGCCAGGAUACUCCCCACCGCCCGCAAACGCCCCUGCACUUCCUCCGCCGCCGCCGCCGCCGCCUACAGGACCUGCGUCAGGAAACUAUAGCAACAUGGCAGUUCCUCCGUUUCCACCUCCGCUGAUACCUAUGCAAUUCCCUCCAAUGCCCGGUAUGCCAAUGCCAAUGCCCCAGCUGCAUCAGGGCUAUGGAGGCAUGCAGGUACAGGGCUCAGGGCCCCCUCAGAUGCCUGGUUUUCCUGGCUUAUGGCCACCGCCGCCACCGCAACCCCAGUUCGGCAUGCAUAAUCAGCAGCAGCAGCAACAGGCCUGGGCGUGGGGUGGGGCACCUAUGCCACAUCAUCAACAACAACCAUAUCCCAACCAACAGCCGGGCAUUGGCUACCAGAAUCACGGUCGCGGCGGGGCAAAUAACAAUGGAGGCUUCAGGGGUAGGGGCGGUUAUAGUCAGAACAGAGGCGGUCGUGGUUGGUAG